GUGUGAAGCAGACAAACCGUCAAUGAUUCCGCUGCAGUGUUGUACGUUCUAUAGCAAACACGGCAUACACAUGGGACGGUACAGAAAGGAUUAAAGCAGCAUUUGACAUUUGUUUACGGCCAUCCGCACGGAUUAAUUUUAACAAAACGUGUUACUUCGGGCGCCGUUGUUUCAGCCUGUAAGAUUGGUUAAUAUUACUACGUAAAGAUUGUAUCAUGAAGUGACAGAUGAGAAGGAAGCCAUGGAUUUGUACAAAUGGUGUAACGUGCUUUGUCAGCUUUGGUUGCUUCCAUCUUGGAUAACUUCGAAGACAUUGCCGGAAGUGGCUAGGGAGAAAGGUCUGAACAGUACGUCAGAACCAGAUAUUCUGGAUUCCUCCUCUCUCUUCAACAGUACAAUAAGAAAUGAUAAUGUCACGGGGAGUUACGAGACAAUAAAUUCGACCACCACAGAGAGCUCUUCCAGUGUGACAGUUUUGCCGAGCAAUGAAAAGAAGUUGUCAACGAAAGGAUAUCCGGUCUCUGAAAAGAAUUCCUCUCUGUGGGAUUUGAAGACAAAAACUUUAUCAUCACAAGCGGAAAACAUUACUGCUUUUAUCGAUAAAACGUCAGAAAAUAAAACGUCAUUUGGUGAUUAUACAAACACAGUGUCGCCAGAAAACAGCAGUGUCGUUACCGUGGCAAACAAAAACAUGCCAAUCAACACAGCGAGAGUUACCGAGGAACACAAACGUGUUAGCACCACUAGUGAAUUAGAGGGUUUCCGGGAGACCACGUCAAUGAUCUAUUCAACAGUUGGCCUAGACACCAAUAAAACAUCCGUAAAUAUUACCGCUCCCCUGGAUAUUGAUGACAUCUCCAAAACUACCCCAUAUAUUGACAAUGAGAAUGACACUUCAACCAAUAACUCAUCGUCUAUUUCGCCAUCAACAAAUCUCCAUACAAAGUCGACAGCGGCUGUGACACCAUCAAGUGCGAAAAAGAAGCCAAUUGUUUGGACAACUCCACAUCCAAACGUUGUAAGACACAUGUGGUUGGCCAAACGAGCCAGAAGCCGGACACGUACGGGUUCUCUUCACCAUCUCAGUCUAGUUCCAAUAGAAGAUGGGCCAUUCGGAAGUCUGAUUUGGAGGGACAAGAAGUACUUGAUCACUGUGCUUGUCCCAAUAGGGAUCGGCAUAAUUGGUGCCGUGUGCAUCAUAUCCAUGGCGUAUGUGGUUCGCUUCUGUCAUCGGCACGAGAGGAAAAUGCAAGAAAUCCGGGAAACCAUCCAAAAGAGAUAUGCAACGCAGAAUGAUCAGGUCAUACUACUCACGAACUCUUCAGAUGACGAGUUUUGAUGUCAUAAAUCCCCUUUGGGUUGGAGUGGAAGCGAAAAUAAAAAUUGAAAAAUGGAUUAUUAUACAUGUAAUAUAAUGGAAAUUUGAAUUUGCAAUAUUUUUUUUCAUUGAAAAUUAAUUUUAAAGAAAACUGAUGACUGCAAUUUAGUUGCGUUUGUAAUAUUAUAAUAACAAUAUCGGGAAACGGGAAAUCAUGCCGUCAGUUUACUAUAUGUUGCUUUAUAUGGCAAUUAUGGAUUUUUUGUUGGGAUAUAUAUGUGGUUAUAUGGAACUGAAAAGGAUAUAUUGACCGUGACAACGUCGAGGUCGAUAUAACUUAUCAGGUUUAUAAAACUACAUAUUCACUUCAAGAACAAAAAUCCGUAAUUGGUAUAAUGGAUGCCAAAUGACGCUGCUUUCACUAUCAAACAAUAUGGAAUGUACUUAAGUCGUCAAAAGAACAGUACUGAACUCAGGAGACAGCAUUUUGACGUUACAUUCACAGUGACGUCAUAAAGAGGAUAUUAAUCUGCUGUUUCUAAAAAUAGUAACACCGGGCCUAUAUCACAAAUCGCCGACUUCCAUGUAAUUAUGAGUCAACCAAUGAGAAUGUAUGAAUAUGUUAUCAUAUAUAAACUGUUAAGGGAGUAUGCUACCUUACACAUUCUACAAGGGAUUCUUGCUUGUGUUCUUUUUCCUUCAAAACGAAAAGAAUUAUUCAAAAUGAACUAUCAUGUUUUAAUGCAUAUUGAUUAAUCUUCGAUGCGUAAUCUAUGAUUAUUAAAAAAAAAUAAACGAAGGAUAUUUCACAGUUUUUUUAACGUGUUGAAGUCUGUUGAGAAAGAAAGGAACAUCAUAAUAAGGUAUCAAAUACCCGUAAACUGUGAAGCUUACUUUCGUUACUUACGUCUUACUCAAACUAGAUGCACGCGGUAGUCGACUUUAGUUGGGAUGCAUCAGGACCAUAGAAAAAAACCACAACGUUGAAAUAUUUUGUAGCAUUAGUUUGCAAAAAGAGAUUGGUGUAAACAAAUGCAGGAAAACUUGCUUUCUUUUCUUUUUUUCAUGAUAAAAAAUAUUAUCCCUAUCACAAUUGUUUUGAUAUGAACACUAAUUGUGACGUCAUACUUAACAAUGUCAUGACGUCAUGUAUUCAAGAUGAAAGGCAAACAUGGUGGUGUUUUCUAAAAAAAAAUCAGAUUUAUCGUGUGACAAUAUGAGCAUUAGGUUAUUUUAGGUAAAUAUACCAAAGUAUUAUAAAAAGAAUAUAUAAUUUGUGCCAAUUUCAUCUUAUUUUUAUGGUACGAACAUAAAUUUUAAUAUUUUGUGUGAUCAAGGGGGAAAAGUCCUUUUUAACAUUUAAAGUAUGCCUCUAAUGUUUUUUCAUAUGGAAAGAAUUUGAUAAAACCAUUUAUUUUGGUGAUUAAGCAGAAAAUUCUUCGUGUUUUAUUGGAAACAGGUGGUUCGUGGUUAAACUUCUUAAAUGGUUUUUUUUUCACAAUACAAUCAAAAGUCUUUUAAUUGCUACCUCCAAAUCAAAUAUAAAGCGUUUACACAUUGCUUCAUAUAUCUAAUGACUAUGUUUACUAGAGCGUGACGACAUUUUGUCAUGAUAUGAAAUGUAACAUUAAAUUACAAAUAACAAGAAAUUAUAGUGUUUUUUUGUGCUUGGUGCGAAAACGAAUACAAACAUUUUGCAAUUAUUUUCGAGAAAAUAAUUUAUGUAUAUUUAUGUAUAUAGCACAUAUCAUUGUCUUUGUUUGAAGAACCUAACGAAGCGACGCCACACUCUUUUCACGCAUGAUAACGCUAUGUCACAAAUAUUAUAAUAUCACCCAUUGGUCAAUAAUAAUCGGUCUGAUUUUGAACCAUUUGAUUUUCUUGUUAUUACAAACGAAAAUGUACGUACUUUCUUGAAUUAUGCUUUAAAUGAUGGAUACUUUAUAAGGUUGUGAAAUGUAAAAUUCUUACUAUCCUUUAAAAAGGAGAAAUAAAGAAAGUGCUUACAUGAUUUAGUAACAUUCCACUUUGGGUUUUUUUAUAUAUAAAACAAAAACAACCCUUUGUUAGAUGAUAAAAAGGCACCCACACGAAAUGUCUUGUGGUCUAGUAUUCAAUACACUUUUGUUUGUUUGUUAAAAUUAAAAAUUAUCAAAUCUGAAUAUUCAAGAUUAUCAAGAACAACUACACUCAAGAAACUGAUGUGGAAAUGUUGUUUACAUCAGAAACAAUAGACGGUAGUGUUAAUCCAAGUUUUCAAACAUUUGAAUCUGUUUGCGCAAGAGGGACCGAGACGUGAAUUGAAUAAUAUUAUAGCCAAUGGGUAUUGACAUUGGCCUUCCUUCAUGAUGUUGUUAUUGAUUUUGUCUGCAGUUCAUGUCAAAAAAUAUCUUUGAAGAUGCGAGAAAUGCAUAAGCACGUGUUUGUUGUUUUUUAAAGCACAUGGCACAUUAGUAUAUGAAAAAUUGUAUACAAACACAUGAAUUUGAUAUAUUGCAAAUUUUCACUGUGAUAUUAAACCAUACUGUUAUCUCAAACGGUUGAAACGAAAUUGUAAUGAACAGUAAAACAUUCAAUGGUCCAGUUCGAAGACAUUUUAAACAGCGUCUGUAUCAGAUAUAUUUGCGUCAUUAUGACGUCAUUGUUUCACACGAAAAGUUAUUUUGGUAAUGCAAUUUUACCUGAAGAAAAAAACAGCAUUUAGGGCAAGCAAUUUUUAAAACAACGUAGAUAUGUUUUAUUUUCAAUUAAAUGCCAGUCGGAAUGUUCGGAAAAAAAAAUACUUGCCUAUUUGAGUUAUCGAAAACAUGUACGUUUUUUUACCUGCAGGAGUUUGUGAAAACGGUCAAAUAUCAGGAACAAGUAUAUCACUUUAAUAUAUAUAUGUCUUUUUAAUGAUGUUUUCGUAUUGCUGUAUAUAGAAGUUGCAAUUUUCUAAUGAUGAUAAUAGUUUGUAUAAAAUUACAAUAAAUUGGAAGUAUUAUGAUUAUAACUCAAGAGGUAUAUACUUAAACGCAAGGCAAAUAAAAGAUAAAAGAUAUCGAAUGUUUAGCAUGUAUUGUAAGUAGCUUAACGAACACAAAUAAAAAAGGAAUACUUUUAAUAUUGAAUAAAGGACGCUCACUAUCUUACCGUGACAUAAAUCUCCUUCCGUAAAGAGUUCCACACUAAGAAACGUACCUUCCCAAAUGACAAUUGUUGAUUGUGUUAAUCAAUUGAUGAAGGUAUGUGAAAAUCAAUUAGGCAUUAUUGUAAGGGGAGUAACUCUAACAAAUUCGCCGGCAUUUCAGAUGUGAUUAAUGGCAAAUCAAACAAUUCAAAGCUGAACAAAUAGAAAAUACAUUGUAUCAGUAUAUAUGAUUGACAUGAAAACGGACAUCCAUAGUAUCAAGUAAAUAACAUGUAUUCGAUAUUUUUGUUCGUAUUAUAAUUAACAUUUUAUUCUUCACAUUCGAUAUAUAUGAAUAUUUGUUAUCAUUGUUUUAUUUGUUCUUGACUGAAACAUACAUCACAUAGUUUUAAGUCUGUUAAUUCACCAUUAUUUGCCAU